AUGAGCGCGAUCCUCUCGGCAGACGACCUCAACGACUUCAUCAGUCCGGGCGUCGCCUGCAUAAAGCCAAUCGAGACCCUUCCCUCCGCCCCGCCACCGUCGCAGGACCCCUCCCUCGAACACGAAGUGAUACUCGACGGCCAACCCAGCUCCGCCGCAGCCAAUGCCCCGCCGGCCGAGAUCUCUCUAACGGACUGCCUCGCCUGCUCCGGCUGCGUCACCUCCGCCGAGGCCGUUCUCGUCAGCAUGCAGUCCCACACCGAGGUCCUCCACACCCUUGACUUCGGCCCCGCGCUGCGCAUCGUCGGCCCGGACGAUGACGGCCAAUUCCGCGUCGACGGCCUCGAGGACGAGAGCCGCAGGCUCUUCGUCGCCAGCGUAUCGCCCCAGACUAGGGCGAGCCUGGCCGCCGCGGCGGGGAAGGGGACGACGGAGAAGGAGGCGGGUCAUAUGCUCGAGAGGCUGCUCGGCGGCCCCGAUGGGCUGGCGAGCGCGGGGAAGCACAACAACGGGUUUACGUGGGUCCUGGACACCAACGUUGCGCGUGAGGCGUGCCUGGUCCUCGGUGCGGACGAGGUCUUGAGCGCAGAGGACGCCCCUGCGUCGUCCGCGACGAAGCCCAUCCUGACGUCGUCGUGCCCUGGCUGGGUGUGCUACGCCGAGAAGACGCACCCGUACGUGCUACCGCACCUGUCACGGGUUAAGUCGCCUCAGGCGCUGAUGGGCACACUGCUCAAGACCACCCUCAGCAAGAAGCUCGGGAUUCCGCCCAGCAGGAUCUGGCACUUGGCAGUCAUGCCCUGCUUCGACAAGAAGCUGGAGGCCAGUCGCGAGGAGCUUACGGAUUCGGUCUGGGCUGGGGACGGGAUGCCGGGCAGGGGAGUCCGCGACGUCGACUGCGUCAUCACUAGCAAGGAGGUCCUCAUGUUGGCGGAAUCAAGGGGCUUCAAUUUCUUCGACCUUGCCCGGAGUAAGCCGAGCUUCGAGCGCGUGUUCUUUCCCGACGCGCGCCUGGACAAGUUCCUCUUCCCUGGCCGCAUCGCCCACCGCUCGUCUCAGGCGGCUGGCACGUCCGGCGGCAACCUAUACUUCACCCUCCAGACUGUGGUCUCCAAGCAUCCCGGUUCCCAGAUCCAAGUGGUCCGCGGACGCAACGCCGACGUUGUUGAGUUUAUUGUUGCCUCCCCCGCCGGCGAUCCGAUAUUUAAGGCUGCCAGGUACUACGGUUUCCGGAAUAUCCAAAACCUGGUGCGGAAGCUGAAGCCGGCACGGCCGUCUCGAAUGCCUGGCGGCAAGGCGUUUGGCGCUGCCAGACGGCCCGCCGGUAAGUCGGCCGGGCUCGAGUAUGCCUACGUUGAGGUCAUGGCUUGCCCUGGCGGCUGCACCAACGGCGGUGGGCAGAUCAAGGUCGACGACCCCAUCAUCGUCGAGCGCCGGGGCUUUGAGGCUAAGCCCGGCCCCCUUGAGCAAAAGGUCUUCUUGGCCGAGAUCGACGAGGCCUACUUCUCAGCGGAGGACUCCGAUGGUGAGGACGGCGUGUCUCAGAACGGCGGCGACCUUCGAGCGGAUAUUGUUGAUGGAAUUUCACCUUCGUACAUUCGAGAUACCCUGGCGCAUUGGGCGGGCAUUACUGGCAUAGACUUGGGCAGGAUGGCGCUCACCACGUAUCGCGAGGUGGUUAGCGACGUGGGAAAGGACAAGGUGAGCGACACAGAGCGCGUUGUCCAGUUGGCGGGCAAGAUUGGUGGAGGCUGGUAG